UUAUUAGAAAACUAUGAUCACUUAAUGUUUAACUUGGAAACAAAAUAUUCGCAAGGAAAUUCUGAAGAAAUUAAGAGUCCAAAUAUGUUAAACUGUCAAAAAAACAGUAAUUCAAGUGUUGAAAUAGGACCAACUGGUACAGCUGAAUCGGAAAAGUUUGCAGUUAAUAUUGACGUUGAAAGAUUAAAGGACAAUGAAAAGAAAGAAACUAUACUAAAAGCGAACAGUCGCAGUGAUGUAGCCAACAAUUCUACUUAUGAAUCACCUAAAAUUAUUUAUAAAUCUAGUAAACUAAAACGUAGAACGUCAAAAAAACCGGUUUAUUACAAACAUUCGAAUAAGUUUAAGAAAACUAAUAAACAUAACGGUAUAAAAAACAUGAACCAGAAGAUAAAGAGAUGCGUUGCUAGAAAAGAUGCAAACUUAUGCGAAAUUUUGAACCAAAUAAACCCUGAGUCGUUAUCUGAGUUAACUUCAUCUUGUCAAAUAUUAAAACAAUUACCUGGAAAGGAAAGCUUACUUGAAGAUUUGAAUUUAGCAGAAGAUAAUAUCGAUGAAAAUAGUGAAAAUUUUACACCAUCAUUAUAUUCGGUGGAUUCGAUGACAAGCAAUUACAGCCAAAAUACAAUAAAACAUGCAAUUGAAAUAGAAUCGUCUGAAACUGAUAGUUUGGAUAGAUGUUCUGAGAGGUUUGUAAUAAAUGAACCAAUGAAAGCAAAUAUCAUCAACGUAUCCAGAGCCCAGGUAGAUAAUAUAUCCUUUAGAAAUACAAAAAGUUUAGAUACGUUAACUGGAGAACUUGAUUUAACCGACAAUAAAGACGUUGGAGUUCGUCCUAAUGACCAAAUAGCACCGCCGACUUCCAAAUCUAUUGAAAGAGAUCUUUUUUCAGACCAAACGGAACUGUUUACUUCUAGCGAAGCUAGUGUGGAAACUUUGGUUGACGAUGGUAAGAAACUAAAGACGUAUACCGAAGAAAACGAAUGCUUUUAUCAAUCAAGCUCUUUUUCGCAAUCUAGCAUCACACUCCACGUGGAUAAUUUUGAUAUCGCAUCAAAUAAAAAAUAUGCAAAAAUAUCUUUAUCUCACACUAAAACGCUUAUGGAUACAGUGAAUGAUAUGGGAAUGUUUCCUGAAAUGACUGGACGUAGAUCUUCAACUACGUUCAAUGAUGUUAUCGUUGCAGAAAGAUUAAUAACCAGUUUUAAGUUAUAUAAAGAAAAUAAGGAUAUGCUAAACGGUAACUAUAAUCAAACCAACGAUUCUAAAAUUACGCCUUUAAAGAAUGUUUUACAAAAUGAAAGCCAUGUACCGAAAUUAAAUUUUAAACCAAGAAACAUCGAAAAGCUUCCUUCUGACGUCACUGUGGAUGACAUUCGUAAAAUAAAUGAUAAGUACGAUUUAAACACAUGCACAAAUGAAUGCCAAAGUGACAAACCGUCUAGUUUAUCUGAACUAUGGGACAAAUUGAACGCUGCUCUAGACGCUCAAGUUCUAAAACUAGAAAAAUCACUUACCGAUACAAUUAUAGCAGAAACGAAAAUGUCGUUGAAUAUUUUAAGCAGAUUUAUGCAAUUUGGUUCUGAAAAACACAACAAGGUUGACAUUGAAAGCAAUGUCAAUGAAGUAUUAAAUCAACUGGACGAAGAUUUGCAAUGCAAUAUAUUGGAUGGACCUGUUAAACGUAACACUGAAGUGAAGGGGCGCGGCGCGGGCGCGCGCGGCACCUGCGCGAGCGACGAUCGUUGCCUAGCAACGGCUGACGGCUCGCGCGCCGCCAUGUUAUAA